GGCCUGACAGCCGACAAUGACCUUCGCACCCCAGCCUGGGCUCUACAAACUACACCGCUGCACAGGCCACAACAGAAGAAAGACAGGAACUCCUCCACACCCAAACCUUCCACCCAACACUUCAUCAUCUCGCCCCCCACUUCUCCCGUACCCCGCCAGUCCUUUGCCGGGUUGCAGGCCACGCCCAGUGGGUGGAGUCACGACAUAGGAGCCCCGAGCGAGAGAAAACAGAUUGAUUUUGACGGAGCAGCCAGUCAGAGCUGCGUAGCUGAAGAGCUAUUGCCAACUGCUAGCUGGCCCACGGCAACUCUGACUGGACGAGUAACUGACUCACAGGCGGUGAGGUCAGUGGCGUUCUCAAAGUCAGGACAACUCGUGGCAGUGGGAGCCAACUCUAAAUGUCUCCGCAUCCUCUCCACUGCUCCUCUACUGGACAACUGCCGUGGUGAAGAGUUGAAGGCACUUCAAGAGCUUCCUCGCUAUCACCGCGGCUCCAUCUACUGCCUGGCAUGGUCGCGAGAUCGACUCCUGGCGUCAGGCUCUAACGACAAAUCAAUCAAACUUCUCAUCUGCCAACCCAGCACGGACCCCAGUAACAGUGUUGUGUGCGAGGCUCGAGGAAGGAUGAACAUUCACCAAGGUACAGUGAGAGAGCUGGUUUUUCUCACCGAGACACUCCUGGCCUCCGGAGGCUCAGGGGAGCCGUCUCUACUGAUCUCAGACUGUGAGACACUGCAAAUGGUGACCAACCUCUCGGGCCACGAGAGGCAGGUGUUAUCGGUGGCUCGCGGAGGUCAAGGGUUGACUAUAGUGUCGGGAGGUGAGGAUGGGACGAUGAGACUGUGGGACUGGUCGUCCGGGAAGUGUAUCCACACACUGUCUCUCUCUGAGCCUGUCACUUCUCUCUCAACACGUGAGCAGACUGUGGCCGUGGCAACUGUUGACGGCUCGUGUGCAGUGUACGACGCGAGGAGCUGGGGCCUGGUGACCAGCUACCAGCCGCACUCGGACGAGUGUCGAUCCGUCCGUCACUCUCCCUGCGGGAGAUGGCUCCUGACCGGCUCCUACGAUGGCUCCGUGUGUCUGGGCGAGGAGGGAGGGGCGGAGUGGGUGGAGGUGGCCCAACACGAGGACAAGGUGGUGCAGGCUCGCUGGCACCCCAGUGGCGAGGUCUUUGCCUCCACCAGCUCCGACAAGACGGCUUGUUUCUGGUCUCUCCGAUGCUAGGACAGUGUUCAAUGAAUGACAAUGAUUCACUAUUGCAAUAUUGUAUGUAUUAUCAUUC